UUCAGAGCCAGGAAGCAAUACUCGAGGGAGAGCGGAACAGCGAAAAGAGGGGAGUGUUAGUGAAGGCUCAGUCUGUAUUUACCGCACCGAAACAAAAACAAAUUGCUGGAACGUCUAAUCAUUCAAACACAGAAAUGGGGAAGAUCACUUUUCAGCCGUCUGGUGUUGUACAGAAAUCUGAGAAGGAUGAAAAAGAUGCAGAUAAAACCGAGAUACUGGUACCACUUCAACAACAGCACGAGGAGCUGUCUGUCCCGGUGCGCAGCCGGAAGGCUGCUGUCGGUGGGCUCUGCUGCAUGACUUUUGGCUCUGUUGUGUUAAUGUCAGGUCUAGUGUUGGCAUCCAUAUAUUUCUACAGAUACUAUUACAUCAAUCAGCAGCUUCCCCGGCAGAACUUGUUCCAAUGCAGGGUUCUGUACGAAGGCACUGUUUACGCCCCUGUCAGGGGACGGCAAGAACUAGAGGAGAGCGUGGAGAUCAACCUGGAGGACAAUUACGAGAAGAUUAACGUCCCGGUGCCUCAUUUUGGAGGAAGUGACGCGGCAGACAUUAUCCACGACUUCCACAGGGGUUUGACAGCUUAUUAUGACAUUACAUUGGAUAAGUGCUACGUCAUAGAACUCAAUACCUCCAUAGUGAUGCCACCACGGAACCUCCGGGACCUGCUGGCUAACGUCAGGAGGGGAACCUACCUCCCUCAGACCUACAUCAUCCAGGAGGAGAUGGUCGUGGUGGGACAGGUCUACAGUGUGCAACAGCUGGGGGUGUUCAUUGACCGAUUGUGCGGCAGGAAGGAGACCUACAGGCUGAAGCACAGGAGCAGCAGACGACGCAUUGAGAAGCGUGGUGCACCUAACUGCCACAGCAUCCGGCACCUUGAGAACACCUUUGUGGUGGAAACUCUCAUCUGUGAUCAGGCCAAAGGACCUUCGCAAUGAGCAUUACCCUGCUUGACGCCACCUCGGCACACUGUAGCCUUCUCUUCUUACAUGUAAAGCUGAACGUUCAAUUUUUAAGUGUCAAACAGUCUGUUCCCAGUUAUGACGCUGUAUUGUACAGCUCCAGUUUAUCUUUGGUAGGUAGUGAACAUGGAUGCCUUUCCCUCUACUCUUAAACUUGCAGUCUAUUACAAGGCUUGUAUUUAUACAGUGUGUGAAAGUAAACCCCAGGAAACGUCACAGGACUUUUUAAAGCUGCCCUUUGGUUAACGCAACAAGUAGCAAAGUGUCAUUCAGCGACAUGAGGUUAAUAUAAUAACAAGCUAAGUGAAAAAAAAGUGUACAGAUUACAAAUGAGGGAAAAGCAUUGUUUCCUGAUCAAUUAACAUAUUUUCUUGCAUAACAAUUUGAUCCAUUCCUGGUUUUACUAGGCCUUUAAUCAGACACAUCUGAGCUUGUUACCUGUACACUGUGGCUAACACGCUUGUAGUUAAAUUGCUCUGCAAUAGGAGUCUUAUCUCCAUCCCUGAAGCUGAUGACUGAAUCAGUGUAAAAGAGAAGCAUUCAGACAAUCUGCUGCAGAUGGUUAAGUUGCCCUGUAAAUAUGUACCUGUGAUUUACAAAAAAAAACAUUAAUAACACUGUAACAAUUUUUUUUUUUUUUUUUUUUUUUUUUGUUCCUGGGUAGUA